CUUUCCGUUCUUUCCUCACUGUUGUGCGGCUUUGCGUCGUUCGGGAAGGCGCAGAAAGUUGUUUGCGUCGUCAAUUCUAUUUUCACCGGCCUUGGGCGGAGGUCACCGGCCGCAGGUGGUGUGCGUGUGAGGCCGCGGGGGGGCGGCGCCCGCCGGCUGUCGGCAGCGGCCGGCCGACAUGGCCGCGCGGGCCGUCAAGUGGCUGGCGUUGGCCGUCAUCACGCUGCAGACGACGGCGCUGGUGCUGGUGCUGCGCUACUCGCGCGCCAGCACGCCCGGCCCGCCGUACCUAGCCAGCACGGCCGUCCUGCUCACUGAGCUCUGCAAGCUGGUCGCCAUCGUGGUCACCAUCUGGCUGGAGAACGGCCGCUCGAUCGGCCGGCUGGCGUCUGUGAUCGGCAGCGAGGUGCUCGGCAAGCCGCGGGAGACACUUCGUCUAUCUGUGCCCAGCUUUCUCUACACCAUCCAGAACAACCUGCAGUUCGUGGCGCUCACAAAUCUGGACGCGGCCACCUUCCAGGUGUCGUACCAGCUGAAGAUCCUCAUGACGGCGCUGAUGUCUUCGCUGAUGCUGAAAAAGCGGGUGCGGCCGCACCAGUGGCUGGCAUUGGUCGUGCUGGUGACCGGUGUCUGUCUGGUUCAGGCGCCGCGGGCCGACCCGGCCGCCUCCCCGGAGAGGGGCAGUAGCCUGCUGGGCCUGUCGGCCGUGCUGGCCGCCUGCGUCUCCAGCGGAUACUCCGGCGUGUACUUCGAGCGCGUCGUCAAGUACGGGCCGCCGCAGUCCCUCUCCAUACGCAACCUGCAGCUCUCCGUGUUCUCGCUGCCGUUCGGUGCGGCGGCCGUGCUUUUCAACGACGGCGCGGCCGUGGCUGAGCACGGCCUGCUGCACGGCUACACCCGCUACACCUGGCUCGUCAUCGUCCUGCAGGCGUUCGGUGGACUGGUCGUCUCGCUGACCAUGAAGUACGCCGACAACAUCCUGAAGGGAUUCGCCACGUCCAUCUCGAUCCUGCUGUCGGCGCUCGUCUCCUGGGCGCUGCUUGGCGACGUCCAGCCCAGCUGGUCGCUGGCGUGCGGCGCCGGCCUGGUCGUCUGUGCCACGUUCGCCUACGGCUACAGCCCGCCGGCGCCGGGGCUCGGGGGGCGCCAGACGCGCCUGCACUGGUUUCUUGUGCUAGGCGGACCCACCAGCGCCGACGUGACCCAGGCCGGCACGGUCGACAACAAGGUGAUGAAGGAUCCAUGA